AAGCGUUGCGUGCAUCUCCCUAUCUCUAUAUAUGAUGGCCUUCCUCCUCCUCCUCCUCCCUCACAAAGCCUGACACCAGAACAAGGCUCUGGCCCGCUUAUUGCACUGUGGACACUCGGAAGCCACUGCCAUGGGGAUCUGCAGCUCGUGCGACGCGACGACGGUUGUGGCGGCCACCGCGACCGCCAAGCUGGUGUUGCAGGACGGGAAGCUGCAGGAGUUCGCGCGGCCCGUGAAGGCGUCCCACGUGCUCCAGAAGGACCCGAACUGCUUCGUCUGCAGCGCCGACGACAUGGGGUUCGACGACUUCGUCUCGCCCGUCAAUGCCGACGACGAGCUGCAGCCCGGGCAGCUCUACUUCCUCCUCCCCGUCUCCAUGCUGCGGCGGCCGCUCCACGCGGAGGAGAUGGCCGCGCUCGCCGUGAAGGCCAGCGCGGCUAUCAUGGACUCCGAUGGCUACCACUGCCGCGGAGGACCUGUCGGACGCCUAGUCUUCCCCGAAGCUUCCGCCGACGGUAUAAGGUCGGCGGUGGCGCCGGCACAGCGGAGGAGGAGAGGGCCCAGCUCCAAGAGACGAGGUGGCAAGGGACGGGAUUUCAAGUCCGAGUUGGGUGGCAUUCCGGAGUAGGGAAGAGUGCGGUGCCGCUUCUUGACUCCGCAUUGAUCAUAAGCUCUUCAACCGUGAGCCACGAAGGGAAGGGCACCGAGGAGAGUCGAAGACACCGGUCGACGCCAUGUUCAAUCUGUAAAUCGCAACAGGAGAUACACAGCCAUUACAUGUCCUUUUCGGCUACUACUCUUCACGUACAUAAGGU